UUCUCUCUCUGGAUAGAAUCAGCUCCUGCGCGCUGCUGCUUCAUUUUCCUUUUCAUCGAUUCUCUCUUUUCUAUUUUUUUUUAAGAAGAUGCCGAAACGUGAUAGAAAAGUGAUGCAGAGAAGAUCGGGAAUCGACCGUUCGACAGCGCAAGACUGGCAGUAGGAAUCAAUCAUCGAUUUGUUGCAAAUAUAUUUUUACUUCAUCUAAUAUAUUUAAAUUAUUUUUACCGUUAUUUUCUGUUUACCUCGUGGGAUUAAGAUUUUUUAUAUACGAGCUAAUCGAGGCGUAACGGGUCAGUGAAGACAUCAUCACCGACAGAGUGGAGCUCUGCGCAUCAGGCUGCACGAGAGCAAAAAGUUUUUAAGAUGUCAUUUUUAUAAGAUCGCUUGUUCACUUCACGUCCUGCUCCCUGUACGCUGCUGCAGGCUAUGCAUUGAAAACCAGAGGCGAUUCACAAUAUUCACUGUUGAUCAAACACGAAGGAGAUCUUCUUUUCUUUUUUUGGACGAUAUCAUAACACGCGACGAGGGGGUGAAGAGUGUUUAUCCGUGUUUGAGCUCGAACUCUUCUUUUAAAUCGAGGACAGUAGCAAAGCGUCUCUGCUUCAAACUCUGGAGAGCCUGGCUAUAUGAAGAUCGCCACACAGUUGUUGGUUUCCCCUCGCAGAAAUGCCAGUGCGUGCUGUGACCACCAGGUUCAUGUACAAGGGACUUUGCACUAUUCCAGACAUCCUCACCUACCGGACUCCUGUAAUCCUGCCUGAGGAUGAGGUGGAAGAGAUUCGCGAGGCGUUCAAGGUAUUCGACCGGGAUGGGAACGGCUUUAUCUCGAAGCAGGAGCUGGGGACGGCCAUGCGCUCACUGGGCUACAUGCCCAAUGAGGUGGAGCUGGAGGUCAUCAUCCAAAGACUGGACAUGGAUGGUGACGGCCAGGUCGGCUUUGAGGAAUUUGUCACUUUACUCGGACCUAAAAUCUCCUCUGCUGGAAUGCCCGACAAGUUCCACGGGGCCGACUUUGACUCAGUGUUUUGGAAGUGCGACAUGCAGAAACUGACAGUGGACGAGCUGAAGAGACUUCUGUACGACACCUUUCGUGACCACCUCACUAUGAAGGACAUCGAGAACAUCAUCAUCACUGAGGAGAGCCACCUGAACAGCCCAGAGUCCCACGUGGACAUCGACACAAGCCCAACGCAACAGGAAAAACACACAUGUGUGCGCAAAAGCCUGAUUUGUGCCUUCGCCAUCGCUUUCAUCAUCAGCGUUAUGCUCAUCGCAGCCAAUCAGAUGCUCCGCAGAGGGAUGAAGUGAAUGUGCCGCUGAUUUCAAUAAGGUUGGACUGAAAACGCUAAUCUUAACCCAAAUACGUUUCUCUUACUGGUUUUGUUUCAGUGCUUUCGACGGCCGCGACGACGCUUCAACAGCUUCUCUCCACAACGGAUUACUUGAUGUCAUGCAGUGAUUCUGUGUGACCACAACAUGGUGAAACAAAAAAAAGAAACACAUUUCAAGGGCUGGUUAGUACCCUAAAGCAGUCAGACUCAGAUCUCUGAUGUUUGUAAUGAAUUAGAUAGUGAAGCAGACUGUAGAACACGUCCAUGUACAGUAUGUGCUGUAGUGAUAGCUGUCUGCUGUGUCUAAUAUCUCUAAAACAACCAAUGUUAUGGAUUAGAGCUCAAUGCGAUUUGGAAUGCGCCUAAUAAAGGUUACAGUGCUAAAGCAAUACAAGGGUAGCGAUGGGAUACAUGUUGUUGUUUUAAAUCACUUGCUUAAAACACAAUGCAGUGUUGCUAUAUUUUGUGUGUGUGUGUGUGUGUGUGUGUGUGUGUGUGUCUGUGUGUGUGUGAGUGUGUGUGUGUGUGUGUGUACAGAUAUCUUUGUGAGGACAAGUUAGGACCUUCAACCCUGCACAUUUUGGCCACCUCCCACACAAAAGCAUUUAGUUGGGUAGAGGGUUAGGGAAAGCAUUAUGCCAAUGAGGGUCCUCACUAAGAUAAAAGUACAAGCGUGUGUGUGUGUGUGUGUGUAUUUUUUAUUUGUCCAAAACUGUGACUAAAUACCGGUGCAACCAAAAAAACAUUCCCAUAUCUGUACUUUGUCUUUUGUGCUUGUACAAUGCUUAUACCUGCUCAACAUCAACAUGUUAGCAUUGUCAGUGUAAGCUGUUAUAGCCGAGUACUCACAGAGCCACUAGCUAGUCCAGGAUGAACUGCAUGUAGUGUAGUUAUAUACAGCUUUAGGACUACACAUGUGACAUCACACAAAUCUGUCAGAGUGCACUGAUUUGUCACUUUAGAAAAAUAUUUUGUAAAGCAUAUAUCGAUGUAAAAAAAAAAGCAAAAGCAUCAAAAGAAGAGAAGUGCAUUGCCCAAGUACAAAGAACCCAUGAAUUAAAAAAACUGUUGAAAAGAGACAACGACCCUUAACCACAUGCUGUGUGCUCCAGUCAGCCCUUCUGCAGAAAAAUCCUGUGGCAUAAUUCAAGGAUGUUUUUUACGCUCAGAGUGAGACCUCUCAGCGGAGCAGCUGGGGAUUCCUCUGUAAGUCACACAGCUGCGUACCGAGCUGAAAGGUUUUGAGCCGUCAGUUUAAGAUGGCGGUAAACAAUGAAGUACAAAUUAAAGUCAUGACACCGAAGGCAAACAUCAAAUCCCUGAAAUGUCAGACGUGAGUGGACGUGGGUGUUUAUGCAAAGAUUCCCAGGAUGAACCGUAAACCCCUGCAACUUGUGAAACAUGUCUCCAUCUGCCUGUGAUACUUCAAAUGUUACAUAUUUCAAAUAACUUUGAAUCCAAGGCACCAAAGUGAAAAGCUGUGUACCCUGGACAAGCAGCCCUUAGUAAAAACCAAUCACAAUACGCGUAGGGUUCAAAUUAAACUGUAAUAUUUAUAGCAGACAAGUAACUUCACACAAACACACCUGCAUGAACAUUACACCUGAACUAAAUGUGUGUGCUAUGUGUGUGAGGUCCAAUCUUGAAUCCCGAUGUACGUAUUUAAAUAAUUAUGCAAUUUGUAUAGUGGUCAUCGCAAGAAAUAUUCUCAGUAUAUGACAUUUUCCAGUAAAUGUCAAAUUUUGUGGACGUGCCAACAAAUACUCAACACUCUGCAGUAUGCUGUGAACGAUGAUUUAACAUAUCAUGAGAAUGUUGUUUUCCGGCUUUUACAUGGAACACCAAAACAACAUAUUGUUUAAAGUAUAACAUGGUUAUAUUUUCUUACUUGGAAAAGUGAAACGUUGAAUCUAAGUGAUUUUAUUAUGAACGUCAGCAUAAUGUUUUGUAAAAAAAAACUAUAUCCAUAUAUAAUAUACAAAAAUAUCAGGUUUCUGAUGUAUCAUUUCCAGUUUGACUGGAUAUUCAAAUACAAGUUAAUGUGUGUAUUAAGCCCAUGCUCUUACAUGCAUUUUUCUGAUUUGUUAAGAUUAAUUUUUCUGAAUGUUUUAUUUUACAAAUCUUUGUCAAAUUAGACGAGUUUUACUAAAUGCUAUAUAUUUUUCUCACUCUUUUUAUCUUAAAGUUUAUCGAAGCUCGACCGCAAGAUGAGACAGUGGCAAUAAAACUGAUAUUUGAUCUCAUAGUAGCUCUUAAUGUAUGACAUACAUAUUCAAUCACAUUACCUCUCCAUGUGAACAUAUCACAUAAUAAGGUGUGGGUUUGUGCAAAUAUAAAAUAUAUUUAUUGUGUCAAAUCUUGUCUUAAGACAUAUAAGCCGAUAUUGUGUCCUAUUCUGUGUUGGUGUUUUAAUGAGUGGAUUUCUGUAAACUCUGUUGAUGGUUGGCUUAGUUCAUUUGAUUUAAACUGUUUGAUAUCUUCGGUUCUGUGCCUUUGUCAUCUGGAGAGUACCUGCAUUCCCACGCCCUGUCUGAUAUUAACUUUAGCAGAUUUUAGAAAGAUGCAAAACACAUUUAAUAAAAAUCCUGAAUUCUAAUCUAAUGUUAAAUGUAUUUUUGAACUGUAACUUGUUAUGCAGUGGGAUAACUAAACUGAAUUGUUGGCUAUGUGUAUGAAGUAUCUGGAGGAAGAGUUGCAAAUGUCAUUGAAAAGAAUGAAGAAUGUGAAUUCCAAUAAGCUAAAUAAGAGUCAGACAUAUUUUGAGCUUCUGAAAUAAUGUUCAAAAAAAUAUUUGUUGUAUAUCAACUUUUGUGUGCAUGUAAAAAAAAAACUACACUCACGCAUCUGACUGAAAAGUUCUCACGAAUUCAAGUUUGUGGAUGUGCAAUAAAGUUUUGCAGCUGUAGAAAUA